UAGCUAUUAUCUUUUUACCGUACCCCACGGCCUUCAAAACUUUCAGUGGGAGAAUUUUUGAAAUUUAAAAUUGAAACUUCACUCAAGAGAACAUGUUAUGGUGAUCUCCUUCCUCUGUUAGAAAAUGAGUUUUUCCUUUCUCUCGAAAACUGCCCUGCCAAAAAUCUGAGGUCGUGUUCAUUAGCAAGAACCGGUGUUAGGGUUUCUCCCUGCAUACACGGUUACGCCUUUUUUUGUGGAAAAAUUGAUAACCAUAGAAACUGUACUUUUGAAGUUUUGACUAUGUUUUUGGAAACUUUUCACUUUUCUCCUUUAACUAUCUUAGAAUAAAGGUUCAAUCGAAUAAUAAGGAAGAAGCAAUUUUGGUUGCAUAAGCAGCCACACACUAAUCAUUUGCAAAAAAGUUGUUUCAACUGAAAAAAGUCUAUUUUUUGUAAUUUUGACCGUUUUUCGACGAAUUUUGUUACGCUUGCGAUCAACAAGCGUUAUCAAGUCGGAAUGUAGACUUUUUUAUCGGGUUAACUAGUAGUUUAACGGAAAAAAAAUAAAUCGCUUAUGAUGCUGCUAUGCAGCUGACACGCUCAAUUUCAAGAAAAUUCAAAUUUAACUACUGGGUGGGUACUGGUUACUAAUCAGUUUUUUUUUUCGGCUCAACUGGUGUCUGCUCAAAUGUUGUACGCUUACGCUUCUUAUGUUUUGUUCAGUUGCUAUUCCGAUUUUGAAAGGUCUCGCUUAGCAUAUUUGCUUAUAAUUCCUGUUUGAUAAAAAUAGGUUUUAUGAAAAUGUUUGGGAUUUUGUUUUUUGAGAUGCUUUGAAAAAUUUUAUCGCUUUUUCUACCGAUUUUCAAAAAAAGGAUAUCCGUAGAAAAACCGCUAUACCCCUGUGUGCUUGUAUACUCCCCUGGUAUCUUUUUCGCUUUUCCCUUUCGUCUACAGCCUUCGAAAAAGUCUUAAAACCUUUUUGACUUAAAUCUUCUCGAAAACUGACCUCCCGAACCUGAGGUUGUGGGUUCAAUGCAGAUAGCGAAGUUCCCUUGGAUUAGCUGACACUCACAAAUUUUAAAUAAAAAUGUUAUCGUCCUCUGAAAAGUCAUUUUUUGAUUUUUUGAGCGUUUUUUUUAUUGUUUUUAUAUAUUUUCCGAGAAGUACUCUCCCAAAUUUGGGAUUUUGUGUCCAAUUCAAAAAAAGGUUGUGAAAAGCUCCUUUGCAUUCCCGAUUACGCCCCACUUUUUCGACACAAAAAAUAAUGGCCCUCGGAAAAGUCAAAAUGUUGAUUUUUUGUGAGUUUUUGAAAAUUUUCGAGAAUUGCAUUGCCGAAAUUGUUUUUUUUGGGCUCAAUUGAAACUACAGGUUGGUCGAAUUUCUUCUGCAUAAGCGGCUAAGCUCCAAUUUUUUCUAAACAAAAUGCUUUGAUUCUCGGAAAUGUCAACUAUCUGAUUUGUUGACCGUUUUUCGGACUUAUCUCGAAAACUGACCUGCCGAAUCUGAUAUCAUAGGUUUGAUCGACACAACAGGUGGUUGGAAGCUCACCUCAAUAAUUUGCUCCAACCAUUUUUUGGGCAAAAGUAUGGCCUUCAAAAGAAUUUUGAAACUUAGAACGUUUUUUAGAAGUUUUUUGACUUUACUCGAAUAUUACCGUGCAAAAUCUCAAUCGAGUUCAAUGGAGAAACUCGAUAUUGGGAAUUUUCGUUACUUUACUGGCCACUUACAUGUUCAAUCGAAGGAAGAGGUUGGCGAUUUUUUCCUGCAGUAGAGGGCUCUCCAUAUUUUUUUUGUAAGAGAAAUGUGAUGUCGCUGGGAAAAUUCCAAAAUUAAAAAAUUUUUCACGCAUUCUUUGUUUAUUAGACAAACAACUAUGGUUUUGGGCAAAGUCCAAUUUUUGAAAUCACGCAUUUCGUCCUGCAUCAGUAAACAAAUUCAAAAAAUAUCAAACUCCAAUUUAAGCUGGGAUCUAGGUGUCCUUCAUCGAUACAUCCGAAAGUUUUGGUUUACCUUGUUUUUCUUCCUUAUUUUUUUCAUUCAAUCGGAAAAACAAACUAUUGGGCGUAUCCCUUGCAUCAGCGAAUUCUCUCAAUUUAUGUUCUUAAGUUAAAAAUGUUCACACAAAAUUUCUCAAAAAUACUGCCAAUUUUGAAAUGAGGAAACCAGUCGAGUUUAGAAGUUUUAAUGAUUAAACAGCUAUCUCCAACUUAAGCUGGGCACCAGUUAGUUCUGAAGCGACUGUGGCUCAGAUUCGUGGACGUCAGACUCUUUAUCUACACGGUUAGAGGUUCAAUUCCGGCACAUAUAAUUAAUUUAAGUUUGAUUUGGUGGCACUCAUGCUGAAAAGCAUUGGCAAUGUAAUAGCAACUGUAGCUGCUUGAUUAGUAGCUAGUGUUGGUAAGUUCUCAAGCGAUGGUGGCACAAAUACCGGAACCUAAGACUCUUAAUCUCCAGAUAAGAGGUUCGAGAAUAAAUUUUAAGGUGAUUCUUCCGUUUUUCUGUGUAGCUGCUUUAAAUAGAAAGUAUCUAAAAAUAGCUUCCUUUAAACAGCAGAUUUUAAACUCUUUUCGUCGUUGUAAUGACUGGUUUCUUGCAUUGAUUUCUGUGUACGAUCAUGAUAAUUACUCUUGUAAUCGUGAAGUGGCUUUAAUCGGGAACUAGUUUUUUGUCCCGUAGACAACUUCUCAUACAAAUCUGUAUUAGGUUGCUCUAUUAAUGUUCUUGGCCUUUUGAAGACUUCUUCCCACUUGCCUUAAGCCUAACGCUGCUACCUUUGUACCCUAAGGUCUGGGAUUCGAGUCUCAGUCGGACGUUGUUUUUGCAGUAUGUAUGAAAUUGAACAUGUUUCCGAGAAAAAUUGAAUUAUCGUGCAGUUUUUUCUGCUUUUUAUCUCAGCUUAGUUGCCACAUCGGAGAUUUUUUCUAUCCUGUCAGCAAUUUUCAUCGAGCGCGAGUGUUUUUGAUUUACUCCUGUUUUUUUUUCUUUCAAAUCGAUCUACUCUAUAUAUUUUAUGUGGCUUCCUUUUUUUCGCUCAAAAGCUUUCAUCGGCUUAAAUGAUUUCGGCGUAUGUUUUAUCGGCUUAGUUACUUUUUUUUCAUGUCCCUUCAAAGGCAAAAAAUAAUUGAUUUGUUUUUGAAAAAUUCAGGUAGUUUUGUGUUGCCAUAAUGUUUGUGUUUAAAACUUAAUUGCUCAAAAAUUUGUUAGAACAACAGUUUGAUGGCGUUAAAUGUUUUUGGCUCAAUGUUCGUCUACCCACUUGUUUUCGACUUAGUGGCCGCUCGGUUAUUACUAAAAGUUGUUUUCCGACUGUUGAUUUGAAAUUAUUUUCAUUUGUUCCCAAAAAAAAUGUAUUUUUUCCCUAUUUUUUUUCUUUUCGUCUUUUUCUAUUCGAUAGCUUGCAAUGCUCUGCUUGCGUUGUAUCGUAAGUGAUGCGAAGCUGCUCAGCUUCGCUUCUGCGUUGAUUAGUCUUUAUCAGACAAUGAAAUUCAUUCAAGUAUGAAAAUUAUUCUUUUAUCAGACAAUGAAUAAUGCAACUUCAGACAAUGAAAUUCAUUCAAGUUGAGCAUUUUAGAUUAAUAUUGGUCUAUCUAUCGUUUUUAUACAUACAAAAGCCCCAGUUGUUCGAUGUUUUGUGAGUUCUACAUUUCGAUUAAUCAAAUGUGACUUUACAUACGUCUAUGGAAACCUCUCGUAGGAGUUCCAAUAUUUUCUUCGAAAUUCGCCAAUGCUCAACGUGCAAUGGAGUGGAUCCAAAAGAUCCAAUAUUCUUGACUUGCGGGCACAUUUUCUGUGGACCACCUAAAGACUGUUUCCGCAAACUGGGAAAACUUGACUCCAAAACGAGUACUCUCAAAUGUCCAAUAUGCAAUGCCAUGUACAAAAAAGCUGUAUCGUCUUCGAAACCGGUUCCGGAGCAGAGUGACUUCUGCCUGGCGCCGAAUUGUGUCAAACACGAGUCGGUAAAAGUGUUGUUCUGGUGUAAUGAUUGUGAUGAAAAAGUGUGUCACGUUUGCGAAGAAGAAACUCACGAAGACCAUUCGAUGAAGUCUUAUAAAUUACACAUGCAAAGAUCAGUCAAAAGAAAACUGACAGCUUUAACUUCGGUGAUUGAUUCCCGAAUAGCAAUUUUAGAUAAAUCUAAACGAGCAAUGGACGCAAAACGACUGAAAAUUAUUUCGAAUUUCAGUGAUAUAAAAAGGUUUGCGGAAAGCUCGUCGAAUAAAGUUGACGAAAAAACGCUGCAGGCGUUCUUACAUUUACCAACGCAAAGAAAUGAAAAUUUUUGUAGUCCUCCAGUUUUUGACGCAGAAGACUUCAUUUUUACGGAUGGUCAUUUCCGUUUGUUUCCGAUGUUAAGCAAAGUCGAAGAGUUCCACUUCGAGUGUAAAAUUUCAGAUAUUCAGAAAAUGAAGAUAGAAAAAGGUCAGAAAUCAGAUCUGGUUGAAUUACGUUGUGGAUACAAGGCGUGUGUUGAAGCUUUCAGAAAUAAAGUUUCUGGAAUAAAUUUGUUUUUGCUUUUUGAACCAAAAGAUUUGACUAUUGACUGGGCAAUUUUUGUGUUUUUCCAGUUUUCGAUCAAGAAUAACAAUACAAGUACCUGGGAACGUAAACAGCUGCUGGCAAAUAAGUAUUCGACUAAUUUGGAAAGAUGGGGUGAGCUGAAUGUCCUCAAAUGGAUGUCUGCGUGCGAUAAAAGCAAUGGGUGGAUCGACAACGAAAACUGUGUUACUGUGUUGACUACAAUGGUCCUGUUUUAUAAUGACUCAGAGCAAGAACUUUUCUUGUAAUUCUAUGAGUUCACAAUUUUGACCUCCAUUCGAGUUACCUUCAAAACACAAGUUAUUUUCGAGAUUAGCUUUGCGGAAACUGGACACAUAUGGAGAUUAUAUGAAUUGGACUGUCAUUGUAAUAACACCGUGGUUAAAAGACUAGUUUUUUUCGGUCAUCUGAGAAUGACGUAUUGAUUUAUGAAUUUGCAGCGUCUCAGAUUACCUAGACUGCCAUUUUAGCUAAUAUAUCAGAUUAUAUCAAAGAUGUAUCAGAUUAAACAUUUGAAAGCAGAAAACUUCAUCCUGUUUUCUGGUUUAGCUCUCUUCGAUAUUUCUCUGGUUUAGCUCUCUUCGAUAUUCGUUCACGCGGACUACCAAAUGGUCAGUUGAGAACAGAUGAUAGUCAUGCUACACUUGUGGAUACAAACCAGAGAAAUGAGGAUUCGAGGAGGGUUCAUUCAACCAUGGAUAAACAAACUUGGCUUAUUUAGUUCACACAGAAAGCGAAUAUUGCAGAAAACAGAACAAAUAUCACCAACGAGCUUUAGAUGAUAAGCAAUGCAAGCACAUUCAUUUAUUGAACAUUGCCGUAGUCAGUGCCUUAGGAUUGUUGAAAAUAGUUUAUAACUUAUACGCAAAAUAGUUAUUAGCUUAAACAGUUUUACUUUUUCAAGAUGCUUCGCCAAAUCAUUCAUGCGAUUAUUUCGCCAGAAUGCAUGGAUGUUUACUUUGCUGACAAGGAUUUUUUCAAUGCAGAUUGCGCAAAACAGUUGCUGAGCAAAUUCGUCGGGUAUACAAUACUAUGUAUCUCGUUAUGUGUAAAAAUACCGCAGAUCCUGAAA